AUGUACGCCAGGAUAUUCGCCUGUCUGUUGGUCCUGCUCGGUGUGCGGCCCAGUGUGUGCAAUUUGCCAUGCGAUUUCAUCGAUUCGGUCAACAUUACGGACGGGGAACGGUUACCGAACGGGGAUAUCCGCCAUAAUGGGGUGAUCUAUAACAAGACGUACUACCGCACGAUCGACUAUGAGUAUCAGGACUUUGCAACGAAGAGGUUCGUGCCGGAAUAUGUGCGCGGGUGCUUGUGUGCGGUUCGGAUUUGUGUGCGGUUGUGCUGCGGCGAGCAUGAGUAUCUCGGUAAAGGAUGUACGCGCACGGACAAAUAUGUACCGAUCAAAGUGGACAUGAAUGCGACGGAAAUGGUAGACCUGCGGAACCAUUCGAUGUACGGGUUUCUGUAUGGGAAACCGUGCGGACAGGUGUACGAACUGCUGCCAGAGGAAAACCCGGGAGACGAGUGGCACGUUGCAAAGAAUGGAAGUCUUAUCGUUGGAGACGAGAACAUUUUUGUGCUCAUGCAACGCAGUCAAUAUUGUUUAGCGCACAGGGAGAAUAGUAGCUUCGCCUCCGCAUUUCUAUGUUUCUCUUCGAACGUGGAGUUCAAGUAUAAUCUCUAUCCGGUCGGCAUGCUGCUGUCCGUACCGUUUCUGCUGCUGACUUUCCUCGUGUACGCCUGCAUACCGGAGCUGCGGAACAUGCACGGCAAGUCACUGAUGUGCUACGUGCUGGGCUUGAGCGUCGGUUACACGGUACUGUCGAUGGUGCAGCUAAGCAUCUUUCCCGGCUUGAGCUCGUCGUGUGUGAUCUCGGGCUACAUCGUUUACUUCUCGUUCAUGGUCAGCUUCUUCUGGUUGAACGUGAUGUCGUUCGACAUCUACUGGACGUUCAAAGGCGUCACGGGUGUUCGCAACUCGGAAACGAAGAAAUUUCUGCUGUACUCACUGUACGCCUGGGGCUGUCCGAUCCUGCUGGUAGCAACGGCCAUUCUAGCGGAUUACACCGAUUUAUUUCCACAAUAUCUCCGACCAAAGUUUGGCACGACCAGGUGUCUGUUCGUUGAAAACAAAUUGAUCGAGUUUCUGUACCUAUACAUGCCGUUGCUGAUUCUGGUGUUCAUGAAUGUGGUUUUCUUCGUAAUAACUGCCCUGCGUAUUUACAAAAUACAAUGCGAAACAUCAGUGGUGCGUCGGGGUGAUUCCAAACGGCACACCAAACUGGACAACGAUCGCGAUAGAUUUGGACUCUACCUGCGACUUUUCAUCGUGAUGGGUGUCACCUGGUCGUUGGAAAUCAUCUCAUGGGCCGUCGAUAACAAUGCCUGGAUCUUUUACGUUUCGGACGUGUGCAACUGCAUCCAAGGAUUUCUCAUAUUCGCACUGUUUGUGCUGAAGCAGAAAAUUAAACGAUUGAUCUACAAAAAGUUCGGUAUCCGGGAAAUCCGGCAGGAGCAAAAGAUGUCAUCCUGCAGUACGAGAACAACGGCCACCAUGGUUUCGUCCUACCAAGAUACCAAAUCGGAUAAUCUACUGGCUACACAAUCGUCGAACGUGAUGUAA